CUCAGCUUUGAUGCAUUGCAGUGUACCGGGUUCAAGAUGACGGAAGAGGUGAUUGUCAUCGCCAAGUUUGAUUACAUGGCACAGCAGGACCAGGAGCUCGACAUUAAAAAAAAUGAGCGCCUCUGGCUGCUGGAUGACUCCAAGUCCUGGUGGAGGGUUCGAAAUGCCACCAACAAAACGGGCUUUGUGCCCUCCAACUACGUGGAGAGGAAAAACAGUGCCAGGAAAGCCUCUAUUGUGAAGAACCUCAAAGACACACUCGGAAUUGGAAAGGUGAAGAGCAGGAAGGCGGGGAUGCGGGACACGGCCUCCAACGCCGACGCAGACAUGUACGCCGACAACGGCGAGCGGCUCUACGACCUCAACCUGCCCGCCCUAGUCAAGUUCAGCUACACGGCGGAGCGGGAGGACGAGCUCUCCCUGGUGAAAGGCACGCGGGUGGUGGUGAUGGAAAAGUGCAGUGACGGCUGGUGGCGCGGCAGCUACAAUGGCCGAUGCGGCUGGUUCCCAUCCAACUACGUCACGGAGGAUGUGGACGGGACGGCGGGGGGAGGAGGGGGGAUGGGUGGUCAAGGUGACCCAGCUUGCUCUCUGACAGAGAAGCUGGCGGCAGUGGUGAACAGUGCCACCAAUGGGAACCGGGUGCUUCACACGGUGCAGGCACUCUACCCCUUCAGCUCGGGAAAUGACGAGGAGCUCAACUUCGAGAAGGGCGAUGUGAUGGAGGUGGUGGAGAAGCCCGAGAACGACCCCGAGUGGUGGAAGUGCCGCAAAGCGGACGGACAGCUGGGCUUGGUGCCGAAGAACUAUGUCACCGUGCUGGACUCCACCUCCCACCAUAGCUCCUCAGCAGGGCCCGCCGGGCCGCCCACACCUGACUGUGACUACAUCUCGCCUUCAGGCAGCGGGCGUUUUGCGGGGAAGGAGUGGUACUACGGCAAGGUGACGCGCCACCAGGCCGAGGUGGCCCUCAACCAGAGAGGCACAGAGGGAGACUUCCUCAUCAGAGAUAGCGAGUCAUCGCCGAAUGACUUCUCCAUCUCCCUGAAGGCGCAGGGCAAGAACAAGCAUUUCAAAGUGCAGCUGAAAGAAAGCCUUUAUUGCAUCGGACAGCGCAAGUUCAACUCCAUGGAGGAGCUUGUGGAACACUACAAAAAGGCCCCCAUCUUCACCAGCGAGCAGGGGGACAAACUGUACCUGAUUAAGGCCCUGGCCGCCUCGUGAUCUCACACACACAAACACAAAAAACGCACGCACACACACACAAAACACACUCGUAACCAUACGCAUACAUAUACUCGCCCAUGCAUGCAGUCGCUCGUACACAAACACAUGCUAACAGUCGCCGCCGGAGCCUGAGGACUGGACUCAUCAUCAGGACUUACACGUCGGGAAUUGUGAGCAUUCCAAGCCGAGGUGGUGUGUGUGUGUGUUUGUGUGUGUGUGUGUGUGUGUGUGUGUGUGUGUGUGUGUGUGUGUGUGUGUGAAGGGGGGCGAGUAUGAGAGAGGGAGCCUGAGAAGCAGAGAGGGGAUCAAAAGACUAUGGAAUCCCAGUCGUGGACUCGAGACCUCCUGGUCGGCCAUUCUGAAAUACCCAGAUGUGGUUAGGUCAUAGGUAAUGCCGUGUAUUUCCACAUUGACAUCUAUUAGAUCCACAUCCUUUCUUUUGUUGUUGUUGUUGUUUUUGUUGUUGUUGAUAGUAUAUAUUCUUUUUAACGGUUUCUUUUUUUAAAUGUGAUGAUUUUUAACUCUAUCCAAACAGCCACCCACAACAGUAUCGAGGCGUUUCCAGCGUGACGCGUCUCCGCGAAUCCAGAAUCGCCCCUCGAGUUCUCCAUUUCACUUUUUUUGUUUUUUGUUUUUUUGUUUUUAUUUGUUUUUUGUUUUUUGUGUUGUCUGUCUUAACUCAAGUCUUCAUGAAAUGCUCUGUUGCGGACUCAACCACCCGCAACUUCUGCGAACUGCUAAUCAUGAAUAAAAUAAUUAAGUGACCAAAGCAUAUUUAUUGAUAAGAGUCUGUUAGGAUUCUAUUGCUGGUUGAGGAAGAACCUGGCGCCGCAUGUUGCCGUUCGGCGAGGCAGCAGCGGCGGGAGAGGAGGCGGUUCCUCCUCACGUUAAGGUCAAAACCACACGUCAGCACGUGUCUCCUUGCAGCGGAUGUACUUGUUCCACAUGCUGCACUGUCUGUAUUAUCUGAAUGUCGCAAAGUUGAGUCAGUACAGGAUAAGGUGCUUACCCCCCCACCGCCCCCCCACCCUCUAUGUAAGUCCCAUGUAUCCAUAUGUAGGCAUGCGAGGUCAGUGUCCUCACAACAUCACUGUAAGAGAUGAUGCGGAGGUUGACAGCCCAGCUGUUUGGUGUCAGUCUUUAGAGAGAUAUGGUGCCCCCCCCCCUUUUUUUUCUU